CUCGCCGCUCGGGCUCCGGGCCAUGUCUCCGCGUCCGUCUGCGCGAGGCGGCGUGCCGGCGGCCGAAGUGUGCGUGCGGCUCCUGCUGUUCGCCGCCUUCCUGGUGACCGAGCUGCUGCCCCCCUUCCGGAGGCGCAUCCAGCCCGAGGAGAUGUGGCUGUACCGGAACCCGUACGUGGAGGCGGAGUACUUCCCCGCCGCGCCGACCUUUGUGCGUGGGGCUCGGGGCUCCCGGGGUUGCUGGGCGGCCUCGGCGGGGAUGGGGAGGGGAGGGGGCGCGGCGGGGGGCGCCGCUCCACAGUCCCGUCCCGCCGGCCAGGUCAUCGCGGUCCUCUCCCCGCUGUCGCUCAUCUUCCUGGUCAAGGCCCUCAAGAAGACGGACGCCGCCGACAGCCAGCGCGCCUGUCUGGCUGCCACCCUGGCCCUGGCCCUGAAUGGCGUCCUUACCAACACGAUCAAGCUGAUAGUGGGGAGGCCACGCCCAGAUUUCUUCUACCGCUGUUUUCCAGAUGGGCUAGCCCACGCCGAGUGGGCGUGCACAGGGGACGAGGACGUGGUGAAUGAAGGCCGCAAGAGCUUCCCCAGUGGGCAUUCUUCCUUUGCAUUUGCUGGUCUGGCCUUUGCCUCCUUCUACCUGGCAGGGAAGUUACACUGCUUCACACCACAAGGGCGUGGGAAGUCUUGGAGGUUUUGUGCCUUUCUGUCACCUCUCCUUUUUGCAUCUAUAAUUGCCCUGUCCCGCACCUGUGACUACAAGCACCACUGGCAAGAUGUACUAGUUGGGUCCAUGAUUGGAAUGACACUCGCCUAUGUGUGCUACAGGCAGUAUUACCCUCCUCUGACUGAUGUGGAAUGUGAUAAACCACUUCAGGACAAACACAUGCUUCCCACGUCACAGAAGACACCUGCCGUUUCCUACUGUCUGGAUAUUUAAAAGUUGGGUUGAUCUCAGUGGAGAGCAAGUGGAUGAAUCGCUCCUCCUAACGGAACCAUGCACAGGACAGGGACUUGGGGCCUUUGACCUCCUUCCCAGGUACAAAUGGUACAGCCCCACUGCACUGGGCCUCCCGCGUUGCCCUUCGCCCUACUGCCCGUGGAUCUGUCACGAAGACUCCACCACUGUCCGCUACCAUUCUCCAUCAUCUCCACCACGCUGGCCACCCUGCUUCUCCCUCCAUCCCCCGCCCCAGUGCUGCUCUCGGAAGCAUCUGACCACAAAGCGGACUUUCCACAGCGCCGCUUUAUCCUAGAAGCCGGAGUUAAAAACCACUGACACUUAAUUUCCGCUUUUCCUAACUCCAAGCCCUAAACUCUGGACCUAAUCAACUGGAUUUUGAAUGUGUUUACUUUCUCUAGUGAUAAUUCUAUCAAGCCUUAAAUGAGAAAAUGUCCAAGUCUGGCUGCUGCCCCACUGCUGAGCCUGUGUUGUCAAGUCCAGACAGCUGAUACUGUUCUCCAUUUUGUUGAAUUCCUAAAAGAACACAGUAAAGAAAACGGGGAGGACUGCGACCUCGGCGCUCCCAGA